AAACGAGACGUCGCCACCAUCCAGUCCGUCAUCACCCAGGCCUCCAACGCCAUCACAACCCUCGACACCACCGUCAAGGCCUUCAACGGCCAAGACUUCACCCAGCUCGCCACCAACGCCGCCAGCCUGAAGACGGUCCUGACCCAGGGCACAUCAACGAUCCAGGGAACCGCAGCUAUUUCGGCACAGGACGCCAUUACCCUUCAGAGUUCCCUGUCUCCCAUCCAGUCGUCCGCCGCGAGCCUGUCCAGCGACCUCGUCGCCAAGAAGCCGCAGAUCCAGCAGGCCAGCCUCUGCGACAUUGUGCAGCAGCAGACCACCGACAUCGGCAGCGCCGCCAACAGCCUCAUCUCCGCCACCGUGUCCAAGGUCCCCUCAACCCUGCAGUCCGUCGCCACCCAGCUCACAGGACAGUUCACGGGCCAGCUGACGGACCUCUCGGCCCAGUUUGCUCCUGGUAACUGCACCAACGCCGCUGGGGGGUCGGCUGCAGUGGCUGGCAUCGCUUUCAGCAACAGCAGCGCGGCGACCGCGAGCACAUCCAGCACAAAGACCGCUUCUGCCUCGUCAAGC